AUGCGGAAAAAGCUUGAGAAUCAUCGAGAAUCUAACUCGAGCUUAUGGACGCGUCACAUGUUUCGACUGUAUGCAAUACUGUCUUUGGGAUACCUCUGCAUUGUUCUGCAGGGCUACGAUGGCGCCUUGAUGACCUCGAUUAACGCGAUGCCCCAAUAUCAGGAAUAUUUCCACAUAACGUCUGCUAGUUCUAUCACUGGUCUAAUCUUUGCAAUCUACAAUAUUGGUAGCCUGGGAGCACUGCCGUUCGCUGGCCCUAUUAAUGAUAUCUCUGGCCGACGGUCAGGUAUAUUUUUGGGCUGCUGUUUUAUUAUCAUUGGAACCUGCGUGCAAGCGCCAGCCGCUUCCAGGCAUGUAUUCCUUGGUGGCCGGUUUCUGUGCGGUUUUGGUCAAGGCUUUAUCAACGUCUCUGCGCCUGUCUUUGUAUCAGAACUAGCUCAUCCUCGCUGGCGAGGCCCUCUCUCUGGAUUGAUGCAGACCAAUUAUUAUGUCGGAAGCAUUAUUGCGUCCUGGGUCACAUACGGAACUGCCUUUUUCGAUGGGGAAAGUGCCUUUCGCAUACCCAUCUGGCUUCAGCUUGUCAUCUCUGGCAUUAUUGCCAUGGGGAUAUGGUUUAGCCCAGAGACUCCAAGGUGGCUCAUGGCCCAUGGCCGACGCGAAGAAGCCGAGAAAGUGCUGGCUAGCCUGAUACUGAAGACUGGAUUCGAUAAACGCUGGUGGGAUUAUAGCGACUUGUUCAACACUCGAUCAGCACGUCGGCGUAUGAUUUGUGUUAUCGGGAUGGCUUGGUUCGGUCAGUAUUCUGGCAACGCUCUUGUCAGCUACUAUUUUCCAGUCAUUGUGCAGCAGGCCGGGAUCGAAAAUGCGCACACACAACUCCUGCUCAAUGCGUUGAAUCCUAUUGUAUCCUGGAUUAUGGCAAUAAUCGGUGCCAUGUUAUUAGAUCGUGGGGGCCGAAGACCCUUUCUACUAAGUGGCGUACUCGGUAUGUCGAUAUGUCUGGCUAUUGUUACCGGCUGCACCAAGCUGUCUGUUGAGAUGUCGAACCGGAGUGCCAGCCAUGCAGGUAUAUUCUUCAUUUACCUUUUCAGUGCCAUCUUUGCCUUUUGUGUGGUGCCUCUUCUUCCAUUCUACAUUGCCGAGACGCUAGCCACAGAGACUCGAGCCAAAGGUACAGCAGUUGGGCAAGUCUUUGGAUCGGCAGCGUCCAUUCUCGGACAGUACACGACAGCGGCUGCCAUAGCCUCUAUUGGGUAUUACUACUAUUUAGUAUUUAUCUUCUGGGAUAUUCUUGAGUGGAUCAUUAUAUACUUCUUCUUCGUUGAGACAAAAAGACGUACCCUCGAAGAGAUGGUAGAGAUAUUCGAGGCACCGGAUCCUGCCGCUCAAGAGAUUGGCUCGGCAAAAAUCGAGUCUACUCGUGAGGACAUAAUCAAUGCCGACCUCAGUCAUCUUGAGGACAACAUGCAUAUUACCGGUAUAUUGAGGUUGAUUGCACAAUGGCCCGAUGUAGUAGCUACGGCGUUUAAGAACCACGAGCCUUCUACAAUAACUACUUAG